GCAGACAGAGCAGCGGUUCGGGGAUGGAGCCGGAGCCGGAGCGACGCUCGAGGCAGAGCGCGGGUGAAUUGCGCGAGCAAUAAAGACGUUGAAGCAACCGGCGGCCGUUGGGGCGAUGCGGGCGGCUCUGGGGCUGGCGGUGCUGCUUGCGGUGCUGCGGGGAGGAGCGGCCCAGGGGCGGCCCCGCGCCCGAACCGUCACCAUCCCCAUCGCGGGCCGACCCCACACCGUGCGGCUGCGGCAGCAAGUGUUUCUGCCUGAGAAGCUCCGGAUUUACACCGACGGCAGCGGCGGGGACACGCAGUACGAACUCGCGCGUCUGGAGCGCGACUGCUUCUACGUGGGCUACGUGGAGGGUUUCCCAGAGUCACUCGUGGCACUCAGCACCUGCUCCGGGCUCAGUGGGGUCCUGAAGUUCGCCAACGCCAGCUAUGGGAUCAGGCCGCUGGAGGCUGCGGCUGGGUAUCAGCACCUCGUUUAUCAGAUGGAAGGGGAGAACGUGGACACGCAGCUGCUGGAAGGAAGCAGCUCCUUGGCCUGGGCUGCAGAGGUGUCCCUGCAGCCGUGGGAUGGAGCAGUGAUGGAAGCUGUUCCCAGGUCCCGUUGGCAUCUGGAGAUGCACGUCAUCCUGGACAAAGCUCUGUACGACCACCUGGGAGCAGACAAACACGUGGUGACCACGAAGAUGGUGCAGCUUUUCAGCUACGUGAACAGCAUCUUCACUCGCCUCAACCUGACCGUAGUGCUGAGUUCUCUGGAGCUCUGGACAGAAAUGAACAAGAUCCCGACCACAGGAGGUCCAGAAGAAUUACUACAGAGAUUUCUGCAGUGGAAAAACACACAUCGUACACGGCAGCCGAAGGACGUAACAUUCCUGUUUGUCUACAGGGAUCAGUCCCAUCCCAUAGGAGCAUCCUCUGCAAGGAAGCUGUGUCCCAAGGACCAUGCUGGAGCAGUGGCUUUGUACCCACAUGGCACAACGCUGGAGGUGUUCUCGUUGGCUGUGGCUCAGCUGCUGGGACUCAGCCUGGGGAUGGACUAUGAUGACCCUGGGAGCUGUGGCUGUGCAGGAGCCACCUGCAUCAUGCAGAGCAAUGCAGUGCACUCAGCUGGCACCAAAGCCUUCAGCAACUGCAGCAUAAGAGACUUUGAGCGUUUUCUCACCUCUGGAGAAGGGCACUGCUUCCUGAACAGGCCGUCUGCGGAUGUGUCCUACAAAAGUCCUGUGUGUGGCAACAAACUGGUGGAGAUGGGAGAGGCCUGUGACUGUGGGUUACCAGAGGAGUGCCGGGAUGAUCCGUGCUGCACUGAGGGCUGCAAAUUAAGAACGGGUGUGCAGUGCCUGUCAGGACCAUGCUGCUACAGGUGCAGGUUUAGGAAAAAAGGCACCUUGUGCAGAUCUCGCUCUAAUAAUGAAUGCGAGCUGGAGGAAUAUUGCAAUGGCACCUCUGGGGAGUGUACACCCAACCUGUGGGUCAUGGACGGGCAUCCCUGCAAGCAGAACACUGCCUACUGCUAUAAGGGGAAGUGCCUGUCUCCUGACAUUCAGUGCCAGGAGAUCUUUGGCAAAGAUGCCAAAAACGCACCCUGGGCUUGCUAUGAGGAAGUCAAUGGCCAAAGGGACAGAAUGGGGCACUGUGGCUCUGAUAAGAGUGGUUACCACAGCUGUGCCUGGAGUGAUCUCCGCUGUGGGAAGCUGGUCUGUGAGUACCCAGGCACUGUGCCCUUCACCAAGGAGAGGGCUGCGGUGGUUUACGUGCGGGUGAAGAACGUGGUGUGUGUCACACUGGACUACAUGCAGCCUCUCACGGAGAAGGACCCCAUGCUGGUGAGGGAUGGCAGCGCUUGUGAUGACCAUAAGGUCUGCUUGAAACAGAAGUGUGUGCCUGCUUCGGUCUUGAACUACAGUUGUGACGUAAUGGAAAAAUGCCACAAUCACGGUGUGUGUAACAACAGAGGGAGCUGCCAUUGUGACCUUGGCUGGAAGGCCCCGUUUUGCCAGGAGAAAGUAGAGGGAGAGAGUGGUGCCAUCUGGAAGAAGAGCUCACUGAAGACAUCGGAGAUUCUCAUCUGGUGUCUCAGUGUGCCCCUCUACAUUGGGUUCGUCUUCGUGGUAAUAAACAUAAACGAGCUGAGGCAGUGUCUGUCCAGAGAGAAGCCACAAGAAGAGGAGUCUGAGGAAAGCACUGAUGAGGAAAAGAUCUCUGAUGAGGAAAAGAUCACAGAUGAGGAAAAGAUCGCUGAUGAGGAAAAGAUCACAGUGGAUGCAUAGCAGCAGAGCUGGAAAGGCCUUUAAAGGAUAUUGCCAAAUUCAUGGGUGUUUGCAGCAGCAUGGAGCCCUGGUCUGGAGGCUGGAGGGACAUUGAAAGGCUAUGUCCUUUGUAUUGUGUCCUUGUUUGUGUUGUUCAAUAAAAGGUAUUUCUGGUGCCUGA